AUGCUUCGCCGCUUCUGCUGUUUGAGUUCGGCUUCUACAUCUUCUUCUUCACCAUGCGUUCCUUCUCCUCCGAUCUCUUUCUCUUCCACCAAGAAGCCCCUCGUCUUUCUUGGCUCUCCCACUGUUUCUGCUACCGUUCUUGAUGCGUUGCUCAAUGCAUCCACUUCCCCUGAUUCCUUCUUUGAGGUUGCAGCAAUUGUAACUCAGCCACCUUCGAGAAAGGAUAGGGGGAGGAAAGUGUUGCCUUCCCCUUUAGCAGAAUAUGCUAUUGAGAGAGGCUUCCCGUCAAACCUUAUUUUCACACCCGAAAGGGCUGGGGAGGACAUGUUCUUGUCCAACUUAAGAGCUUUGCAACCAGAACUUUGCAUUACAGCAGCGUAUGGGAAUAUUUUGCCCAGCAAGUUUCUCAAUAUUCCACCAUUGGGAACAGUCAAUAUACACCCAAGUCUCCUGCCGCUGUACCGGGGCGCUGCUCCUGUCCAAAGAGCAUUGCAGGAUGGUGUAAAAGAAACAGGAGUAUCACUUGCUUUCACUGUACGUAAGCUGGAUGCUGGACCUGUCAUUGCCUCUCAGAAAUUGGAAAUUGAUGAUCAAAUAAAGGCACCGGAUUUACUUGCACUGCUAUUUUCUGAAGGCUCUAAACUUUUGGUUCGUGAGCUUCCUUCUAUUUUUGAUGGAUCAGCUAAGGUAAAAGCAGAGCCACAAGAUGAUUCUAAAGCUACCUUAGCUCCAAAGAUUACACAUGAAGAGUCGUGGUUAUCCUUCGACCAAGAAGCAGCAAUCCUCCAUAAUAAGGUUGGCCAGGAACUCGAGCUAAAGUUGUAGUUGUUGACAAAGCUAAUGGUCACCGCAAUAUCCUAGAUCUUAAAGUUAUCACAACAAGAGUUUGCAUGAGUAGCAAUGUCACACUUGUUGAGUCAGAUGAUAUCGCAUUUACAAAGGGUGCAUUAGUAUUUCCAUGUGGAGGAGG